AUGGUCAAACCUCCCAUCCCACCUAAAGGCCAUUUGUUGAAACUGAGGCUUUCUCGUGGUGGGACAAAGAACUCUCCAGAGUUUUUUAUUAAUGUUGCCCAAUCAUAUCGACGAAGAGAUUCCAAGUUCAUCGAGAACUUGGGCAAGUAUGAGCCGAUCCCAGAUUCUGCCGAUAUGUCUAAGCGGAUAUAUCUCAAUUUUGACCGUAUCAAGUAUUGGCUAGGAAGAGGCGCGCAGCCUACAUUUCGAGUUGCGUGGCUUUUAGGAAAGGCUAAUAUUAUUCCCAGUAUUCCUCGGGGGGCGAAUGCCUUUAACCUUUCUCAAGCCCAAGAGACGGUCGAAGAUUCGAAAGAGCAGGAACAUCCUAUCGCGGGAAAGGCAGAUUUGGAUGUCGGGGUUAAAAAUUACGAAACAGAACAAGGAAAAUUAUAG